GGUUCGUCAUCACGUCACCCGGCACUGUCUACACACAGCACCAACUGCACACACUUACUGUCAAAGUUAUCCCAACACACCGGGUAACUUUACAUUUGCUAUGGCAGAACAGGCUGUCGUUGACAAAAUGAGCGAACUACACGUGGACGAGGGAAAAAAGGGGGGAAAUGGAGGUGGUAAAGAUGGAAAGAAGAAGGCUAAAGGUGCUGCAGUAGAGUCUGGAGGCAGGGCGGAGCUCUCUCCACCGCCUCAGUACAUUGAUGAAAGGCUUGAUUUAUAUGCAAAGCUUAAAGCUGAGCAUGAAGCCCUGAUGGCAGAGAGGGCAGAAAAGGAGAGUAAACCCAUCAAGGUGACCCUCCCUGAUGGGAAAGUGGUAGACGCUGAGUCCUGGAAAACCACACCGUACCAGAUCGCCUGUGGAAUCAGUCAAGGACUCGCAGACAACACUGUGAUUGCCAAAGUGAACAACAGUGUGUGGGACCUGGACCGACCUCUGGAAGACGACUGUAGCCUUCAGUUGCUCAAAUUUGACGAUGAGGAGGCUCAAGCUGUUUACUGGCACUCCAGUGCACACAUCCUGGGUGAAGCCAUGGAGCGGGUGUACGGGGGCUGUCUCUGCUACGGCCCCCCCAUCGAGAACGGCUUCUAUUAUGACAUGUACCUGGACAAUAAUGAGGGAGUAUCAAGUAAUGACUUUCCCUGCCUGGAGAACUUGUGCAAGAAAAUUAUCAAGGAGAAGCAACCAUUUGAAAGGCUGGAGAUAAAGAAGGAGACGCUGCUGGAAAUGUUCAAGUACAACAAAUUCAAGUGUCGCAUCCUGAAUGAAAAGGUCACCACCCCCACUACUACAGUUUACAGGUGUGGACCCUUGAUUGACUUGUGCCGGGGACCCCAUGUUCGACACACUGGAAAAAUCAAGGCCCUCAAGGUCCACAAGAAUUCGUCUACAUACUGGGAAGGAAAGGCGGACAUGGAAACUCUCCAGAGGGUCUACGGGAUCUCCUUCCCUGACCCCAAAAUGCUCAAAGAGUGGGAGAAGUUCCAGGAGGAGGCCAAGAACAGAGAUCACCGCAAACUAGGCCGGGAACAGGAUCUGUUCUUCUUUCAUGACCUGAGUCCAGGGAGCUGCUUCUUCCUGCCUAAGGGGGCUUUCAUCUACAACACACUGAUAGAGUUCAUCAGAAGUGAAUACAGGAAAAGGGGUUUCCAGGAGGUGGUGACCCCCAACAUCUACAACAGUAAACUAUGGCAGACGUCCGGCCACUGGCAGCAUUACAGUGACAACAUGUUCUCCUUCGAGGUGGAGAAGGAGACGUUUGCUCUCAAACCCAUGAACUGUCCUGGACACUGUCUGAUGUUCGAUCACCGGCCUCGCUCCUGGAGGGAGUUGCCCCUCCGCAUGGCCGACUUUGGCGUCCUCCACAGGAACGAGCUGUCUGGAGCUCUGACUGGACUCACCCGUGUCCGUCGCUUCCAGCAGGAUGACGCUCACAUCUUCUGCACUAUGGACCAGAUCGAGGAGGAGAUCAAAGGUUGCCUGAACUUCCUGCGGACCGUGUACGACGUGUUUGGUUUCAGCUUCAAACUCAACCUGUCCACCAGGCCAGAGAAGUUCCUGGGGGAGCCUGAAAUCUGGGACCAAGCAGAGAAGCAACUGGAGAACAGCCUGAACGACUUUGGGGAGAAGUGGGUUCUUAACCCAGGUGACGGAGCGUUCUACGGACCAAAGAUCGACAUUCAGAUCAAGGACGCUAUCGGUCGAUAUCAUCAGUGCGCAACCAUUCAGCUGGAUUUCCAACUGCCAAUCCGCUUCAAUCUCACCUUUGUCAGCCACGACGGAGACGACAAGAAGCGUCCUGUGAUCAUCCACAGAGCCAUCCUGGGGUCAGUGGAGAGGAUGAUCGCCAUCCUGACCGAAAACUACGGAGGCAAAUGGCCUCUGUGGUUGUCCCCUCGCCAAGUCAUGGUGGUACCAGUGGGACCAACCUGUGACGAGUACGCCCACAAGGUCCAGCAGCAGUUCCACCUCAGCGGCUUCAUGAGCGACGUGGACGUGGACGCCGGCUGCACCCUCAACAAAAAGAUCCGGAACGCCCAGUUGUCCCAGUACAACUUCAUCCUGGUGGUGGGAGAGAAGGAGAAGACCAGUAACACCGUCAACGUCCGCACCCGGGACAACAAAGUCCACGGCGAGCGCAGCGUGGACGAGUGCAUCCAGCGUCUGAAGGAGCUCAAGACGUCCAGAAAUGGCAACGCAGAGGAGGACUUCUGAGACGCCAGCAGUACCGCCGACAUCCAAAGGGUUCAAACUGUUUCCAUGAAGGACAAACGUGCUUUCACAUGUUGGUUCAGACAAUAAUGCAAUAAUGAAGCCUUAUCAGGUGUCUUCUGUGGUCUCUGUCCAUCAGUUCAUUUAAGUGUAAUCGAAGCCUUUGUGAAUCUGCUGCGUCAAUAUUACAAAUGGAAUGGAACGUCUCUAGACCUUCACAUACAAUGAAGUUUCAGCUAAUGGGUCACAGUUUGGAUCAUCGUCUCAACUCUUUCUAUUGGUUUUUCAUGUCUUCAGGGAAUUGUACAAGUUACAAUUUUGAUAAUUAAACUUCUAUUCUU